AGGGUAACUGUUGUAGCUGGUCGGUCUGCGGAGGCAGGUUGUAUAUUGCGUCAUAUUUACGCGACGCUCUUUGAACGAGCAGCAGUAGUAGCACGAAAAGGAUUGUAUAGAAAAUUAACCGACGAUUUCAAGUUACAUUAAGAGUUUAAUUAACUCACGGAAGAUGGGUCCAGUUGAGCUCCUUCAUAUGUCCGUGUUCUCGCAGAGUUUCUCUCCCUGCGGUCGUUUCCUUGCAGCGGGUAAUAACUAUGGAGAGAUCGCAGUGUUCAGUCUUUCAGCUGCACUGAGUCCAGAUGCAUCAGAGGGGAGUCAAAAGCCCAUCCUUAACUUCACUGCUCAUGACGGUCCGGUGUUCUCUCUGCUCUCCACGGACACUCAUCUCCUGAGCGCUGGGAAUGGAGAAAUCAGUGCCUGGAGUUGGGCAGAGCUCAUCAAAAAAAGCACCAAAGGCGCAUGGACAAGGAAACCCAAUUAUGAGACUAGUCUUGAAAUUCCAGAGAUCAAUGCAAUGAUCAUUAACCCCAAGGACAACAGCUUGAUAGUUGGAGGAGGUGACAAUAACAUUCACAUCAUGGACAUGGAGACAGGUGUUUUUAAGUCUGUACUGAAGGGCCACACUGACUACAUCCACUGCCUGUGCUUUAAAGAAAGGGAAGGGGAGAUACUCUCUGGUGGAGAGGAUGGUGCCGUGAGGAUAUGGGACUCACGGACAAAUCGGCCGGUUCACUGUAUUGAAGUGUUCAAAUAUGAAGAAUGCGCACGCCCCCAGUUUGGGAAGUGGAUUAGCUGUCUUGCUACAGACUCUGAUUGGAUGCUCUGUGGUGGAGGCCCAUCACUCUCUUUAUGGCACCUUCGAUCCAUGUCCCCCACCUCUGUUUUCCCUUUGCCUGGAUGUCAAAGAGAAGCUGUCUUUUACCAGGACCUGAUCAUGUCAGUAGGUGAGGGUCCAUAUGUGUCCCACUGUUUACAUGGAGGUACAGUGAAAGCUCAGAUUCCCUGCUCUCCUUCAUCACUCAACACACUAGCUCUCAAUCUCAAAAACACUGAACACAGGGUUAUGACAGUAGGGGGCAGCAGUCACCAAAUUGAUGUGUUCACCAACUUCAGUUACAGAGCCUUUUCUCUGUCAUUCUGAGAAAACACUCACCAACACUUCUUUGAAUUUGAAUGGAAUUUUGUGACAAAUUCUUGAUGUAUGAUUUACUAAUGCAAUUAAACAAUGAUUUUUUUUAUAUAAUAAACUAUUUUGGUUAUUGUUCA